AUGGCGCAUAACGAAGCGGAUGAUUGUUCACUGGGGUAUGCAGCUCAAUGGCUCAAAAUGCGAGACACCAAGCCAUUUGACAUUUCGAGCACCGCCGACUCGCCGGCCGCUGAGCAAGAUGAAGAUUGCGAGUACGAUGAUGAUCAGACUUAUGUGGAUGAGGGUUAUGUACAGACGGAUAAUGGCAAUACGGAUGUAUUAGACGGCGGAUACUGCGCUCCGGGCACACACAGCGGUGAAUCUGCUCAAGAUGUGCCCCCCGAGCUCCAUGGGUGGUUUUGUACCGUUUACACCGAGUUAGAUGCCCAGGUGAGUGACCUGAAGGACCAGUUCUACAGGCAGGACGGGUGGAACGAAAAUGCGCAGAAGAGUUUGGAGACGGUGGCUCAAAAAUAUGAUGAGAUGCCGGCUAUCCAAGAAGCCUUGGCCAUAGUGCAGGCAGACAUUGCCGAACUCCGAGAGGCUAUCGCAGCGUUGGAAGGAAACAAAGGCAAAGAUGGGGUUGUUGGACGAAAAUCUAAGCGUCUCCCAUAA